AUGAGUUUUGUGGAAUACCACGAGGAAAUCCGCGAAGGCGACGUGGCCAUCGUGUACCUUUCCCACGAGUCCAUGAUGGCGGUACAGGUGCGUCACGGCGCCCAGACACAGACGCGCUACGGCGCCAUCCGCCACUCAGCAGACCUGAUCGGGAAACGCUACGGUACCAAGGUGACGUGCAGCAAAGGGGGCUGGGUGCACGUGCUGCACCCCACGCCCGAGCUGUGGACCAUGGCGCUGCCGCACCGCACGCAGAUUCUCUAUUCCACCGACAUUGCCACUGUCACGCUCAUGCUGGAGCUCAAACCGGGAUCCGUCGUCUGCGAGUCAGGAACAGGCAGCGGGUCGCUGUCGCAUGCCAUCUUACGCACCAUUGCGCCCACGGGCCACCUUUACACUGUGGACUUCCACCAACCGCGCGCCGAAACGGUCCAAAAGGAGUUUAAUGAGCAUCGUGUGGACCACCUGGUCACCGUCGCCAACAAGGACGUGUGCAAGGACGGUUUUGGAGUGACGGGUGUGGCUGACGCCGUUUUCCUGGACAUCCCCAGCCCUUGGGACGCUGUGCCGCACGCCAAGACCGCCCUCAAAUCCAGCGGAGGUCGCGUCGGGUCCUUCUCGCCAUGUGUGGAGCAAGUGCAGCGGACGUGCGAAGCUCUGACUCGCCACGGGUUCGAGGAGCUUAACACUUUGGAGGUGGUGCUGAGGGUUCACGACGUUCGUACCGUCUCGCUACCGCUGCCCGACUUCGGACCUGACGUGUCCAACCCCGAGGCUCCGCCCCCUUCGGCCUCCCAUCAGGCCGCUGCCACGUUGAAGACCACCACGCUGCCCCGCGAAAUGCCAGCUCACACCGGGUACCUCACUUUUGCAACCAAACCCAGAUCAUAA